AUGUAUCAAUGUUUCAGUCAAGCAUUGAAUAUCAAAGACUACCCUAAAUUUAGAUUUUGGCAAGGUGUAUCAUACAACAACAAAGAUGGUAGUUUUACAAGAAAUAAUGGCCCUUUCAAAGGGACACUAUCUCCAUUUGAUGCACCCAUCAUUGAUAAUGUUACCAAUAUUAUACCUGGACAAAAAUCACAUGUUACAAUCAACGGUAAUCAUUUUGGAAAAGAUAGUUCAUAUGUUUUGAUAAGCAUUCAAGGAAGUCAAUGUAAAUCACCAAUGUUUAUUAAAAACAACUAUCAACAAAUUACUUGUUCAUUGGAUAGUGUAGAACCUUAUUUAACCGAUCUAAAUUAUACUGUUAAAAUUGGAGUUGGUGAAAUGCUUACAACCAAAGUCGUAUCUCUUGCGAAGGACUGUCUUAACAAUUGCUCGGCACAUGGCAUUUGCAAUACCACGUUUAGGUCAUGCAAAUGUGAUAGUGGUCAUGAACCCCUAUUGGAUUGUUCAUCAUUGGUCAAUCGUAGUCAACUUCUCAACACAACCGUUUGGGAUAACGGCAGGUCACUUUUAUCAACCCACCAAACGAUUAGUGAUAAUUCAAUCAUUAAAACAUUAUCAACUGACAAUAUCAUUUGGAUGCAAGAGGAGAAGACAUCUGCCGGUGAAUCAAUAUUUAUCGGAACAAUGUACAAUCAACGCACUCAAUUGCAUGUAAGAGUAAAUCAAUACCAAGACACCAACACCACUUCAUUUCUUGGUGAAGAUAUUCAAGUAUCACCAAAUUCUGUCAAAUAUCGAAUCAAUAUCAUUAAUUGGGUAUGGUCAUCACCAAUCAACACAUUACAGGUGAUAUUCCACACUCAAUCAGAUUCAGUAGAAUUUGACAAAUGUGGUAAGCUAAAAGUCAGAAGUGAUAUAUCUCGUGGUGAUCAGAUUAUAUGGACCAGAGUUCAAGUUGGAAGGACCCUUUUGAACUGUAAAAUAGCAAGUAGAAUGAUUAUUGAUAACAUUACAAUCAUUCCCCAAAUAGUGUUAGUCAUAGUAUUUAAAAAGCGACCAACAAACAGACCACCAAAUAGAGAAGCCCAAUAG